AUGAAGUCCGGCCUAUUAACUUUAGUCUAUUUGAUCCAUCUACUUCAGUUUAGCCGUGAACAGGAUGAAGCGGAGUACAAGGGGAACGUAAGCUAUGUCCCCACUGAAAGCACUACACUCGAAAUGUCUGAUUCCACCUCGGACCCCGUCGCAACCGAGGAGGACGAGUCCACGUCAUCAAAAGUCACUGAUAGUUCUGAUUCCACCUCGGACCCCGUCGUAACCGAGGAGGACGACUCCACGUCAUCAAGAGUCACUGAUAGUUCUGAUGAAGCGGAGUACAAGGGGAACGUAAGCUAUGUCCCCACUGAAAGCACUACACUCGAAAUGUCUGAUUCCACCUCGGACCCCGUCGUAACCGAGGAGGACGACUCCACGUCAUCAACAGUCACUGAUAGUUCUGAACUCACGACGGAAUUUAGGGAUGACGGCGAUGAGAGGGAGGUAGUAGCUAUCGACAACCCAUUGACAUCCACUGAUAGUUUCGAUUCCACCUCGGACCCCGUCGUAACCGAGGAGGACGACUCCACGUCAUCAACAGUCACUGAUAGUUCUGUGUCCACCCCGGGCAAGAUGGAAACCGAGGAUAAAGACUCCGCACUAACUACUGAUGUGUCCUCAACAGUCACUGAUAGUUCUGACAAGCCAACUAUUGGAUUUUGGUUUCAUUCCAUUUGGAGCCUUCUGUUGAUUUGUUGGGCUUUACAACUUGGAUAA